GGAAGCCCGUUAAGCGAAAACUUCAACACCGUCCACAACCAUUUAAACUCUUUUUGUAUUCUGAAAGUUUAACUUCCCAAGGUCGUUUGGUGUUUGUGUUUUUCGGUUAUUCUACGCCUGAUGUCUAGCAAGCAUGAAGGUGUGACUUGUAACGGAUGUUCACGAAGAGACUUCAGGUUUAGGCGAUAUAAGUGUCUAACUUGUCGUGACUAUGAUCUUUGUGGGACCUGUUUUGAUAAUCAACAAGAAACUGAAAAGCAUUUAAAUUCUCAUCCGAUGCAAUGUUUGAUCACUAAAGCAGAUCAUAAUGUAUUUUACUGUGGUGAGAGCUCAACUAAAUAUUGUGUUCAAAGUUUCACUUGUUCAGUAUGCGGCCAGUUAGGCUUUACAGAAUCGUCUUUAUCAAGUCAUGUUUUUACUCAUCAUCCUAAUGCUCUUGAUUCAGAAGUACUUUGUCCAUUUUGUGCUAUUCAAACAGAAGGUGAUCCAAAUCGUACUACACAUGAUAUUGCAAGUCAUUUUAAAAGUGUUCACAACCUUCAACCUCCUGUCAACGGUAACUCCAUUCAGUCAUCACAGUCUGCCAAUAAUCACCCUACAACUUCAGUCUCUGAAAUUGUUAGCUUACGCACACGAUUUAGGAAUCAGUCUGUCAGCUAUGAUCGACUUAAAAAUGUCAACAACAUUAAUGCUAAUACUAUCACUUCACAACACCAUUGUUCUUCAACUGAUAGAUCAUGUCACGAUCAGCAUAGUAUAAGAUCGAACCAUACCAUAUCACAUUCAUUGUCAUCAAAUUCACGUUUUACUGCUGGUUGUAUAGUAGCAAUGAAAAACUACUUAGAAUGUUAUGAAAGUAAUAAAAAUGCUUGUCAUAAUGAUGAGACUAAUGGAUUACUUGACCAACCAACUGACUUGUUGUUACACAACAAGAAUGAAAUAACUAGAAAUUCUUCUACUGCCUUACACUGUGAAAAUGAUACUAACUCACUGAAUUCACAGUCCGAAUUAAACAAUGAUGUUGGCGAUAUAAACAAUCAAAGUCCAGUGGUCGAAACUUCUGGAAAUACAAGUCAUUGUACAACUGUUCCUGUUAUUCAAAACUCAAGACCCACCGACAGUCCAAUUCCUUCUUUUACCGAGAAUACGGCUACUUCUGGCCAUCAGGCUGUUAAUCCAACUAUUGAUUCCAACGUUAACUUGGAAUCUUUCACCUCGGAAGUAUUUGACUAUAAAGUGAAAUCAACAAACCCUUAUUCUUCAAAGCAUUCAAAGUCAUUAUCGGAAGAUUUACAAAUAAAGUCAAGUAAUGAUGAGAAAUCUAAAGAACCAAAUAAAAAAGAUGUCCUUAAUUCACAUUGUAUGAAUAAUUCCCGAUCGGCAUUACCAUCUGUAGUUAACCAAGAUGAAUGGGAUAUCGAUUGGCACAUAUUCUUGAAUGAAUUAAUUUGGUCUAGUUUGUGUAGUAAUGAAAUCUCAUCGAAUGAUACCUGACGUGCUGAUGAUAUGAUUUAUCAAGAAUAUUUUUAAUGUUGCUUUUUUACUUCAUUAGUAUAUUAUCCCACUCGAUAAGACUGUAAUUUUAGACUUCCAGUACUCAACUGUGUAUGGAUGCCGUAUCUCUGGUAUUUGUGUCAAACGAUUUGUAUGUUCAUUUUAAUCGUUAAAGAGUAAACAGCCUGUUGUAUUCACUGCUUGUACAUGUGAGUCGAUUAGUCUAUCAAGAUAUAUAUAUAUAUAUAUAUAUAUAUAUAUAUAUAUAUAUAUAUAUAUAUAUAUUAUAUAUAUAUAUAUAUUCUGAAGUAUUUAUAAGAUAGAUGUCUUUAUUUUAUUCAAUGCAAAAAAAAACAAUAAAUCGUUAGUUUUAUUGUUAAUAUUAACGAUAAACACGAUACUAAUUUCUUCUGCUUAUCAUAUUCCAUUAUUUUUGGUAUGCUGACUACCAGCAAGCAGUUGUACCUGUUUUUCAUCUAAUUAUCACAUUCGCAAACUUGUUAUGCACACUUUUCAAGUCCCAUCACCUUUUAUUUUGCUCAGCCCUUCUUGGUUUAACAAAAACAAGCGUAAAAGAACACUGGUUAGUGUUCUAUGUGUUGAUGACAUAUACCAUUCUAUGAAAGUAAUGGUGAAAAUUCAAAUAGUUUUUGGAGAAAAUAUUUUUUAUUUCCUUAUAAUAUAUGAGAUAUACAUAACGUACUCAAUAAUUCUUGUGUAAAAAAUUAUUAUUGGCUUUGAAAUCGACUUUCUACUUUCCUUUCAA